AUGUCUUAUGGAGGUUUAGUUGAUGAAGUGUUAAUACAUUUAACACUUGUAAUCGAUUAUAUUACAUAUGCAUAUAAUACUCUUGUUUCAUUUAUUUUAAUUAAAUUUCUUAAUCAAACACCAUUACAUGUUCAUACUACAUCACAAAGUUAUCAUCCAGCAGUUUUAGUUACAGGAACUUCUUCCGGAAUCGGACGAGAUGUCGCAUUAACUUUGGCCAAACAAGGUUAUACGGUGUUUGCAACGGUUCGUAGGGAAGAUGAUGCCGAAGAAUUGAAAAAUACAUUUGCAGAAUUUGAUAAUGUUAUGAAUGGAAGCUUAUUACCAUUAAUAAUGGACGUAACCAAUAAAGAUGAUAUUCAAAAAGCUUACAAUUCAGUUCGUUCAACGAUAGGAAGAGAAAUUCCUUUUGUUGGAUUGGUUAAUAAUGCCGCAUUUAUUUUAUACGUUCCCUUGGAGAUUGCAUCAGAAAGUUGUAAUGAAGAUAGUUUUAAUACGAAUUAUUUUAGUAUCGUUAAUUUAACAAAGAAGUUUUUACCUUUAUUAAGAGAAAGCAGGGGUAGGGUUGUUAAUAUCGGUAGCAUCGCAUCUUGGGGCCCUGCUCCUUCUAUGGGAAUUUAUUCAGCAACCAAAGCCGCUCUUAGAGCAAUUACUCAAGUAUGGAGAAUGGAGACUAGAUCUAUGGGCAUGCAUUUUUCGCUCAUUGAACCUGGUGUUGUUGCAACCCGAUUUACUGAAAAUCAAUUGAAAGCAUAUCGUAACUUUGUCUCAUUCACCUCAAAUUCAAAAUAUCAUGACAUUACAUAUAAUAUUACAUCAAAUGCAAUUGAAUCAUAUGAAAAUUUAUUCAGAAUGAUUGCAAAGCGAAGUUCAUUAUUCACAGCAUCGACACCACCUGCUGUUGUUAGCGAUGCUAUCGUACAUGCUUUAACUGCACCUUAUCCUAAAAAUACUUAUUAUGUUGGUUUAGAUGCUAGGUUGAUUGCUGUUGCAAGUUGGUUUUUUGGUGAUAGGAUAUUUGAAGCUGUUCAAGCUAAAGCAUUAGCCGUCCCUAAUGACAUGAUUAACGUUAUGUAA